CGACAAGUGAGCUGUGCUUGUUGAUGCAGGAGUGUUUGCCCCCAUUAUCCGUCCAUCCAGGGCCCCCAUCCCCCAGCCCGAACGUCAUGGGCUAUUGAGCCCCGAGCAUCGAGUCCAGACCACAGCUUAUCGCCCAUCUCGACCCCAUCAGCCCCGGCCAUCUCCAACAUGCCCUCCGCCAACAAAGGCAAGGGCAAAGGUCGCGAGGCCCGGCCCUCCCGAAGCCGUAACACCACCCCCAGCUCCAGCUUCAGUGCCCCGACCGCUUCCGCCCCGCUCCACAGCUACCUCGACAACGAUGCCUCCAAGUUGAUGUUGCCCUCCACCGUGCAGUAUGGGGAACUCCUCGAGCGCAUGGGCGGGGUCGGCCCGAUCCCCGACUCCAAGUCCCUCGAAAUGCUGAUGGAACACCUAAAGACCCUCAGCCAGCUGGCCGAAACACGCGGGGAUGCAUGCAAUGCCGGGAUCCGGGAGCUGUCGCAGAAGCGCAAGGAAGUGGUGGACGAACCGGAAUCGGCCGACCGCGAGGGAAGCGACCGGGUCAAGAUGAAGCGCGAGGCCGACGACGAGGAAGAAGACAAGGUGAUGAAGGGGAAGCUGAAGAGACGAAAGGAACGGGGGAGCAGCUCAAAGGAGGAACGCCCACUCGCCCAUGGUGCCCACGAUCUUGCCCGACAGGACGGCGCCGAGACUAAGGUUGAAGGAGCCGCAUCGCCGGUGUCUAGAAAAUCGAAGAACGCGGUUUCCGACGAGAACUCCUCCCUCUCACCCCCAUUGCAAACGUCACCUCGGCCCGAUGCCGCAACCGAUGCCGCGGAAGAUGCAGGCUCCGGCGAUUCAGACGAUAGCUCCGAGUCGCAUCAGCCUGAGCCCGCGCCGGCGGUGCCCCAGGUGCAGGUGUUUGGUCCGAACCCGCUCAAGUUCGACGACCCGACGGUCUAUCACAUCCGAGAAGUCACACCGGGGAUGACGGACGAGGAGCGGAAGGUGAUCUACAGCGUCAACCGAUUUCCAUGGAGCGACCUCAGCCAUCUCAUGGCAGGCACGGCCCCGGAUCGCGACUUCAGCAACGCCAAACCCACCAAUCAAGUCGGCGCCAACACAUUCCUCGCCUACAUCGACCCCUACGUCCGACCUCUGACGGAAGAAGACAUCGCCUUCCUGAAAGAGAAGGUCAGUUCCGGCGGCCCAAUCCUGCAUGCUGCCGCUGAUGGAGCACAGGGCGAUCGCGCGACCCCUUUCAUCAUGCCCCGACGCGGCAAGAAGCAUUACAGCGAGGUUUGGGCCGAGGACGACGGACUAAUGAACGUCGACCAAACCAACGGCGACAAGGAGCGAUUACCCCUCAACCAAGGCCGAGGAAACAUCGACCAAAUAACAGACGAGACCCUAGAAACCGACAAGAUCUCCGUCGGCCCCCUUCACCGCCAACGGCUCCAUCAACGGAGACCCCACCGCCGCCUCCACCACCACCACCAACGGGCCCCCCUAAACAGCGACGCCAUGGAUAUCGACCACCCAGCGGGAGCCGGAGCCGGAGCGGGAGCGGGAGCCGGAGCAGGAGCAGGAGACACCGACCCGAACUCCAAGCCCCUCGCCUCCGCAACGGCCUUCCCCGACGCCUCCCCCAGCGGCUUCAAAGUCCCUGCGGCCAAACUCGACCACGCGCAGCUCGACGAGCGCCUGAAAGCCGAGCUCCGCCACGUGGGCUUCCUCGGUGCCGAAGACAACCCGGACUACGACGCGCACUACGACGACGACAUCGCGCAGCGUCUCCGUCUCCUCCAAAGCGAGCUGAAAAAGCAAAUGAUGAUCAACAGCGCCCGCAAGUGCCGUCUCCUCGAUAUCGCCCGCGAACGCAUGGCCUACCAGGAGUACAUGACCAUCCACGACGACCUCGACUCCCAGGUCCAGCAGGCCUAUUUGAAACGCACCCGCACCCUCGGCAAGAGCAAGAAGGGCUCCCAGGCGAAACACCGUCCCGGGGGCGCGGGCGGCGGCAGCCAUGUAGUCAGCGCGGCGGGCGUCGGCCGUCCUGCUAUCGGUGAUGUUGCGAGAACGCUCAUGGAUCGGCGCAAGCGUUGGCGCGAUUGUAUCGGUCCGGUGUUUAAGGACUGUAAGACUAGUGUUCCGGGGGCGAGUGAUACAGUCUUUGAUCCGGCGGUUAUGGCCGAGUAUGAGAAGGCGGAGUUGGAGGGCUGGGAUGAGGAGCAGGAGUGAUUGCAACCAUGAUCAUGAGAUUACCUCAACUGCUGAUACGAGAUCCGCUUACUUGAUUCGUGUACAUUUGCUUUCUUUCUUUCUUUUCCUUCUCUUUCUGCUUUUUGUUUUCCUCCUUCUUUUGAUUUUGUUCCUUUCUUUUGAUUUUUCUGUGUUCUUAGCGAUGAUCACCCUAUUGGAGCGGAUGGGAUGGGACAGGUUGGAUUGUACUGGUCGUAGAUCAUGAUUUGUGCUGACUACUGGUCUUUUCUCUCCCUGUGGAGUUAUGCGAAUGGCGAAUGGCGAAUGGCGUUCGUGGUGCGGUGCGUACACUACUCGUGGUUUAUGAUGACAGUUGGUGAUGACGAUGGUGUGGUGACUGUGGCUGAGCGUGACAGUGAACGAGACAGGGCGUUGUUUGGUUUAGUUAUUUUCCUUCCAUUUCUUUUUUUUUUUUGGCGAUAUGUGAAUGCAAGAAGAGAGACCUAUCUAUCUAUCUAUCCAUCUAUCUA